AUGACCGAAGCUAUACCGAGUGUGCAGCACAUCUCCCUUGUAUCCCAUCAAGAAUCUUGCAAUUCGAUGCUUAGUGGCGCCGGCGCCACUGAGGUUCGCUUUAGUGAUGGCGAUGUGGUGCACCACGCGACCUCCAUCGCCAAACUCGAUCAGGACAAGUUAAAGGUCAACAUCGAUGACCCCAUCACGAGUUCUUCCGAGGCUCCAAUCGAUGGAGCGGUAACGACGGGGGGCAUGCGGCGGGAGUGGAAGUUUUCUCUCUCGUUCUCACACAAGGCUGCGCGUCUGCAGGUGCAGUGGGUACCGCAAUGGGAGCCGACCUUCAUAGACCCUUCCGAGAUACGAGAGCUUCUCGGGGCGAUGGAUCCUGACGUGACUCACAGCCCUCUUAUACCAUUUUUACACUAUACAGACCUCUCCGGUGUUGUGCAUGGUAGGCCGCGAUAUUACACUCGCAGCAAAACAUCAAGUCAGCCUUUGAAUUCUGAGAUCGGAGCUGCCGAUGGUGGCGAAGAGUUGGAGAAGAUAGGCACCUCCGGCAAUAUUACUGGCAAGCAGCUCGAGAUUUCGGAGGGUGUCAUUACGUCGCGAGAAGCAAUGCACACUAGUACUGAUAGCGCGAGUGUACUCAAUGAAUGCUGGGUAGAGAAGGCAAAGUACGUGGAGUCCUAUUACGCACCCAUCGUGCCGCAGCUCCCUACACUUCAUGACUUUUGCUUGCGUUGCGUGAAGUUCGUUCUGGCGAAGAUGCGGGUUUCCUCUGUUGACGGGGACACGAACUUGCGGCAGCUGCGUUUGGGCAGCAAACUAGCCUGCCCCUACCGCCUUGGCGGUAGACACUCCUGUUUUCAUUUUCGCUUUGCAUUGAAUAAUAAAUCAGAGCUGACAAAUGAUAUCGCUUAUGGAAUUGGAACGGUGGUGAAUCAGAUUGGCUACUUCUUUGUCGUCCGGUGCGCCGAUGAGGAAGAGUUGUGCGGCUAUCUCACGAACCUAUUCUUGCCUUAUUACACAAGUAAGGCACGGCUGCGGCUGAAUGUCGACGUGACCUACCACGAAAUUCCAUCCGUUCUUCUGGCAGAGCAACAGGAAUUAUUUGGGGAGCUGAUGUACGACGAUCGCGAUGCCGCUGUAUCCUUCUACUUUCCGAUGUACCCCAUGACCCUGCGACCCGAUUUUUCGCCCGCGAAAACCGUAGGGGUGGGUUCCAUUGCCUGCAUGACGCUCGAUCUGCACCUUCACGAGCUGCUCCUCGAGGACCCCGCGCUCGAGGAGCUCACCGGGCUGAAGCGGUACGCGCUUUACGAGGUGGUGGUGUGUCUUGACGUCGAGGACGUCACGCGGAUGAACUACCCCAGCGUCCUUUCCACCGACCAGUUCAGCGAGCUGAAGAUGCGUCGUCUGCUGGAUGUGUUUCCCGACGCCACACUAAGCGGGCCCGCGGCGACAGUAGAGAUCGGGGGCCGGACGGGCCGCAGCCAUCUCCUGACCUUUUUUUACGAGCCCAUGCAGUGCGUGGUGAAGGCGAUGGUGGUGUCGAUUUUGGUGGGGAGCUACGGCGUGACGGGGCUUUACCUCACAAAGCACCGGAACGGGGGCUUUGGGAUGCACCUUUAUCUCUUUCAGCAGCUUCUGAUGGGGGUGCGGUAUUACGAGCAGAAGGGCGCCCGCCCGAUCGUCGUGAGCCGCGAUGCCGUGCCGAACGUGCGGUUGCUCGAGGCGGAUCUGGAGGCCGCCUAUGCGCAUGCGGUGGGGACACCGGAGGGGGCGAAGAUGCUCGCGCGGCAUCUCCAACUCAUGCGCGAGCGUGAGGCGAUGCGGCAUGACGAGGGCAAGAGCGGCGCCGCGAUUGAGGUGUGCGAGCCCUCGAGCGGCGUGCGCCAUGGGGUCUCCGGUGAGAGCGCAGAGGGCGCGGCUACCGAGAUUCGCUGGCCGCCGUCGCCGCAUUUUAAGUCGGAUUGGAUGCGGAAGGGCAUGGCGGCGAUGAUGGAGGACCAGUCGUGCUUUAGCUCCAGGGCUAGCGUGAACUGGGUUGGGGGCAAUGUGGAGUGCGAUACUUUGAGUAUUCCUCACGUCGUGACCACUGGGGCGCCGCAUAGGCGAUCCUAUCGCUUAUCCGACGCCAAAGAUUUCGCUAACAACAUGGCGUACUUCAUGUCCAUGUCAGCUCAGAUCUAUGAUGCGGGAUCAGCCUUUUCGGGUCGUGAGAACAGCAUAUUCACCGUGCCGUGUGGAAGUAUUUUACCCGAAAAAACAUCCGGCGUUGUUGAAGUCGCCGGGUCAGUGGUGGUAUGCGGAAGUGACGCCGAGUUUGCUGCCGUGGACCUCCUGCACAGUCAGUCGCUGAUUAGUGUGAGCUGUGUUCCUCACCUCCAGGAUGAGUACCACGACGGGACCGACAACGAUGAGGAUCCAAACGCCGCGUCCAAGGAGGGGAGCCCAACCGCGGUAUUUAUCAGAGAUGAGAGUGCGGGUCAGAUGGCAACUCUUGAGAACCUUCCUACAAAAUUUGAGGCUACCGAGAGCGGGCGAUCGACCUCGACCAGGUCGGGGAUGUCACCCAACCCGUGUAGUCUUUCUCACUCACCCAACUACCGCAUGGCCUCUUCUGAAGCCCCACUCCCAUUCGUAAAGGAUGAGAGCGACAGGAUUGACGCCGUUGUUGGCGAUACCAUCCCCAAUUUCCCCAACGAGGCGAAUCCAGCGGCGGAGCUGAUUCCCGUUAGCUCUUCCGUCGAGAAGUCCGAGAUGGAGGAGCCGAACUCGGUGGAUGGGGUUGAGCUGUACCUUGGCCCAUCUCUGCGCGACGUCUACACGCACUGCUGCGACCUCCAGCACUGCCGCCCGAACAGCCACCUCGUGAAAAAGCUCCCGACCGACCCCCACUUCACCGACAGCGUGCAGGAGAUAGACCUGACGUCGAACUACGUCGGGCCCAACGGCUUCGUCGCGGUGUUGGGGUUUUUGAAGUACCUCCACAGCCUACGUCGCGUGGUCUUUGACGACAUGUCGCUCAACAACGUCGACGCGAUGAACCUCUGCGAGGCGUUGGUGGUUCACCCUUCCGUGGAGACCGUUUCGCUGAGGAAUAACCCCAAAAUUACCCUCCCGUCGACGCCUCAUUUCUCCAGGCUGGUAAAGGGCAAUCGCCGAAUUACGUGCCUGGAGCUCGAGGGUACCCUCCUUGGCGAAGCAGUUGUGCAGCGGCUGGCGCAAGCAGCGUCAAACAAUAAGUGCCCUCCUCAAUGCAAUGACGUGGGCUGA